AUGUCCCGCUUCUCGCAGUGGCAGUGGGCGGCGUGUGUGCCCUCCGCCUGUAACGCCAGCGACGCCCGCCAGAUGGUGCUGGCGGCGCUGCGGCCCCACCUCCACCCGCGGCUGCAGCUCGGCGUCAGGCUGGACGAAGAGGACUGCAGCAGCGGGGAGCCGCUGCCCUGGGACCUGCCCGCCGCCGCUGCUCUGAGUUGCGUGGGCGUGGUGCUGGCUGUGUCCGCGGCUGCCAGCGCCGCCCUGGAGAUACGACGCCGACGGGGGAAGACGGCGGCCGCACCAGGCGAAGGGCCGGCACCAGGUUGCAUGUGGACAGACUGUGAACCAGGGAGCGGCUGUCUGCUUGCAGCGUGGGUGUCGCUGAGCGUGCAGAGCGGCUGGCGGCAGCUGUGGGCGCUGCGGGCGCCCGCGGGCUCGGUGUCCUGCCUGGAGGCGCUGCGGCUGUUCAGCACGCUGUGGGUGGUGACGCUGCACAAGAUGAUCAUCGAGGCGCAGCAGCCGGCCGCCAACAAGACCGCCGCCGCGAAGUUUGUGGAGGACAUCGUGGUGACGCCGAUCAUGAACGGGAUCUCGUCGGUGGACACGUUCCUGAUGAUCAGCGGCUUCCUGCGCUGCCGGAACAUGCUCAAGGAGCUGGACGAGGGACGGUUCAGCUACUGGCGCUCCCUGCUGCAGAGGCUCAUCAGGCUGGUGCCGGCGUACGUGGCGGUGGUGGCGGUGUACGCGACGCUGCUGGAGCGUGCGGGGGCGGGCCCCCUGUGGCGGCAGACCAUCGGGCCGCAGGCGGACUGGUGCCGCCGCCACUGGUACCUCAACCUGCUCUUCCUCAACAACUACGUCGCCACCGAGGAGAUCUGCGUGGCGCAGUCGUGGUACCUGUCGGCGGACACGCAGCUGUUCGUGGCGGCGCCGCUGCUCGUUUGGCCCCUCCACUGGUGGCGCAGGGCGGGCGCGGCGCUGCUGGCCGCCCUCCUCCUCCUCUCCGUGCUGCUGCCCGCCGCCACCACGCUGCUGCUGUGCGACUGCCCCGCGCUCAUCGGGCUCGCCACCAGUGACGAUGCGUCCCUGCGGUACGCGCGGUACGUUUACUUCCCCACGCACAACAGAAUGGCUCCAUACCUGGUGGGCAUCGGGCUCGCCUACGUCAUUCACAGGGGAUACUUCACCAAAAUCACCAAGACGGCGUCGCUGGUGUGCUGGGCGGCCAGCCUGGGGACGCUGGCGGCGGUGGUGCUGGGUCCGCGCCGCAUGCUGUCGGCCGGUUUCCGGCUCGAGUCGGCGCUGCCCGAGGCGGUGGCCUACGCCGGGCUGCACGCCGCCGCCUGGGCGCUCGCCACCGCCUGGGUCGUCUUCGCCUGCCACACGCGGCGCGCCGGGUGGAUCGGCACGGCGCUGGAGGCUCCGGUGCUGCGGCCGUGGUCGCGCCUCUGCUACUCGGUGUACCUGACCCACCUGGCAGUGCUGCUGGUGCAGCAGGGAUCCAUGCGAGUCCCGCCAGCGCUGGACAAGGCCGCCUUCGUGCACGGCCUGGUGGGGGACCUGGCGGCGUCGGCGCUGGUGUCGGCGGCGCUCUACCUGCUGCUGGAGGCGCCCAGCCUUGGCCUGGGCCGCGCGCUGCUGCGACGCCUCGGCCGACGCACUGCAGCGCCGCGGCGCCCCAGCCAGCCCGCCACCUGCGUCACGGCCGCCUGA